AUGCCGUUCCCGAGAUUCAGAGAUAGGACAACUAAAGUUGAUGUUGAUUUCCCCGCUAAGGUUGAUGCGACCCAGAUUUCUGAGGAGGUUCUCCCCUCAAUCGAGGGUGACUCUGAAGAAGAAGAAGCACCGGUUAUCUUGGAGAAUACCAGUUGGAAACGCCAUAUCUGGGAUACCUGGGGACACCCUGACAAAAGACAUGUCAAGGUAAUCUUCAAGCUGGACAUUACUCUGUUGGCGUUGAGUUCUAUUUCUACUUUUAUUCGAUAUUUAGACAGAAUUAACCUCAGUUAUGCCUAUGUCAACGGUAUGAAAGAAGAUUUAGGGAUUGUCGGUAACCAAUUGAACUAUGCAAACACUGGUUACAGUAUCGCUGGUAUGGUAUUCGGAUUCCCAUGGGCAAUUCUAAUGGUCAAGAUGAACUCAAAAUGGUUUGUCGUUAUGGUUGAGCUUUUCUGGAUUAUCCUGACGUUUUCUUUCUCAGCAGUCAAAACUCCAACCCAGAUGGUGGCUCUUAGAACGCUGGUAGGAGCGUUUGAGAGUGCACAUUAUCCGGCUCUUAGUUUCAUCCUUGGUACUUACUACACAUCAGGAGAAUUGGCAAGAAGAAACGUCAUUUUACAGUCGUCAACUUCUAUUGGAUCUUUUUUUGGUGGGUACGUUGCCAGCGGUACAUAUACCGGUUUAAAUGGAGUCAACGGAAGAGCAGGUUGGCGAUGGGUUUUUAUCAUAGAUGGUGUGAUUUCCUUGGGUAUUAUUGUUCCCCAGAUUUUGUUUUUUGCAGAUAGACUGUCGAACAGAAAGCCUGAUUUGAUCAUGAGUGCGGCUGACAUAGCAUACCUCAAGGAGAGAAAACCUGAUCAGAAAGAAGAUAAGUACCACUUCACGCUGAAAGACUUUUUCACUGCAGCUUUCAGCUUGGAAGUAUGGGCCUUUUGGGGAUUUGGUAUCUUUCAAGAUCUCGCAAGUUUAGACUCCAGUGCCUAUCUGCUGUGGCUGAAAGCUUGGAACAAAAUUAAGCCGGGGAGUUAUACCUACAGUCAAAUCGACCACUACGGCUCCAUUCUGUAUGCUGUACAAACUGUGAUCGCCCUUUCAAGUGGAUGGAUCUCAGACACUCUUUGCAGGGGUAGGCGUUGGCCUCCUAUCGUAGUUGCGGGAACGGUUACCUUUGUUGUCUGUAUUAUUCUUGGGUCGACCCCAGUUUACCCUGAAAAUAGGGCUUUCCGGUUUUUCCUUUACUUGAACACCACUUGGAGUUUGGCGACUGCGGGUCUUUACUGGGCUUGGGCUCAGGAAUUCUUCGUCGAUAAUUUGAAGAUGCGGGCGAUUACCACUGGUGGUAUUGAUAUCGGCAGUUUUGCGGCAGAAGUUAUUGCCAACAACAUUUGGUAUAAAACCUCCAAAAUGCCAAAAAUCACGGCUGGAUAUUACAUCUCCGGUGUUAAUGGCGCUCUCUACAGCCUUGAUGCGCUGGCCCUUGGUUUAUGGGAAGCGCACAAGAAGAGAAGGCAUGGCCAGUAA